UGGAGAUACAGAGACUACAGAACUCUUUCAGACAAACUGGAUCCAGUUCAAUGGACCUCACAAGCUAGAAGACUGUUACAUAAAUACGUGUUAAAUGACGGACCAUAAUGGACUACCUAAACAUCUCAGUCUUCAGUGUGCAUGAUCCCUCAGACACAUCCUUCUGUUACGACUCCAUCAACGGAUCCUGCCAGAGAAUCCUGAGAACUCUCGACGUCAAGAUUUUUAUGAUCUUCACCAUGGCAGUUACCGUCUUGGUGACUGUUACAGGAAACCUUCUCGUCAUACUUUCUAUAGCACACUUCAAGCAGCUCCACACACCGACCAACCACCUCAUCCUCUCUCUGGCCAUGUGUGACUUGCUGCUGGGCAUUUUCGUCAUGCCUCCGAGCGCCGUGCGUUCCGUACAUGGCUGCUGGUACUUUGCGGACGUCACGUGCAAGCUGCACACAGGCAUGGACAUAAUGCUGAGCACGGCUUCCAUCUUUCACCUCAUGUGCGUGUCGGCCGAACGCUUCUGUGCCGUGUGCAGCCCCCUGACGUACCGCUCACGCGUUCGCUCUGCCACAGUCUUGUGCAUGGUCUCUGCCAGCUGGAUCGUCUCUGCCGUGUUCGCCUACACCAUAGUCUUCAGCGAGCUCAACCUCAAAGGGGCCGAGGACUUCUACAACUCCCAGAUACGCUGCAUGGGUGGCUGCCACGUCUUCUUCAGCCGGGGUUCGGCCGUGGUCACCUCAAUGGUCUCCUUCUUCAUCCCCGGCUUGAUCAUGUUCGGCAUCUACUCCAGAAUCUACUUCGUCGCUAGAGGGCAAGCGAGGUCCAUUGACUUCUUGACCAAUCAGCUGAGGAUGGCCAGCCACAGGCCGGGGGAGUUCAGGUAUCGCACACGGAAGGGUACGAUGACUCUCGCUGUUGUGGUUGGAGUUUUCCUAAUCUGCUGGACCCCCUUUUUCCUCUGCAAUAUCCUAGACCCUUUCAUUGACUUUAGCAUACCGCCAGCAUUAAUCGAUGCCCUGGUUUGGUUUGGAUAUUUAAACUCCGCUCUGAAUCCCUUCAUUUAUGCGUUUCUGUAUCCUUGGUUCAGAAAAGCUUUGCAUAUCAUCAUCAGUGGAGCGGUUUUUAAUAGAAAUAGUUGCAGAAUACAGCUGUACUCAUGAUCAGAGGAGUGAUGCCAAAUAUCCUUCAGUAUGUUUGUUCAGGGCUUGUUUUCUAGACACACAUUAAGCCUGGAACGACCAGUAAGAGUGGAUUUUAGUGCGGGACUAGAUUCAAGCAUGUCUUACAGAAGCAGUUGUAAUUUUGUGGUCCUGCUUGUAAUGGAAAUCGAAAAAGAGAGAACACAGAGAAAAGGAGUCAGAGAUAUGGAUACACGAAGUGCGACGUUCCCGUCUAAUGCUGUUUUUUGAAUGGAGGUAUUGACAGUAACACGGUUGGACUUUGUGAUCAAUAUAUUUGUUUCAGAGAAAAGCUAUCGCAUUAGAUGUUGCACUGGUUAACAUUGGUCAAAAUACAGUAAGUUCACUACACUGUGGUGUGCUGUACAUAUGUGUAAAAAAGCAUUUUGCGUGACAUUUUGUCUCCUACCGAUGCUCAGAACAAGGCAUACAGGCUUGUAGCACAGGUACAGACUGCUUUUGUGUCCACCUGUACUGUGUAUGUCUAUAACAGGCUUAAUCCUUGAAUUGCCUGCUUGCCUUUACAUUGUCGAGGAAUUCUGUCAACGAAUGUCAAUAAAAUCAAGCUGCUCUAGGCCA